UCAGGUUAUUUUAUUUUAUUUUUUUUAUUCCCGUUGUGUUUCCUCACACCUAAUUACCGGGUGUGGGGCGAAGAGAGAUCGUCUGAUCUCUGAACACUACCACAAGAGUGAGCGAGUAACGUUAGUAGUUCGAGCGUCCUGUACAUCUCAGCUUACGUACUUAUGAUUGAUAAAUCCAUUGAAGUGGUUCUUGUGACUGGGGCAACUGGGUUUGUUGGUACUCAUGUCAUUAAGCUGCUUCAAGAGGAUGGUUACAAAGUUCGAGGGACUGUCAGAAGUUUGCAGAAUGAAGAAAAGUUGAAACCAAUCAAAGAACUCUGUCCAGAUGCUCAACAACAAGUAGAGCUUGUAGAAGCAGAUUUGACAAAAGAUGAAGGCUGGAAUGAGUGAG